AUGACGACCCGGUCGAGGGGGCGCGAGCAGCAGCAAUCUUCGCGCUCCAAAUCGGCAAGGACCAAGCUUGAUGGGAGCGGCGAGCGAUUGCCAUCGGAGGGCUGCGGGAAAAGGAAAAAGGCCAAGCUUGAUGGGAUUAGCCGGCGAGUAUCAUCGGUGAGGUCCUCCAAGAAAAGGAAAAGUAGGCAGGAUUGGUUGGAGAAGAAGGCCAAGAAGAGAAAUAGGGGGAAGGAUGAGGAUGAUGGCUCCUGCUCCUCGUCCUCGGCAGUCAGCUCUCCGCUUCGGGAGCCUUACAUGCCUGAUGGCACUGAAAUAAGCAAACCCAUCGACAGUGCGAUAUCCGACAAGUAUAGGGAUAUGCAAGAGGAGUACUACGCGAAAAUAGCACGCCAGAUGAAAAUGCCCAUGCUUUGUGAGCUUACACCUCCAAAUUGCCUGGUUAAUGAUCCAACACUUCUUCACAUCCGUGAAUCUUCGAAGAAGAUAGUGCUUCGUGCUGCUCAAUUUAUUGUUGGGCUUUCAUCAUCAUUCGAUGGUGAGCCGCUAGCAUGGUGUUCUGGUUUCUGGAUUGAUUUGGAUAGCGAGAAGAGAACUGGUACCGUUGUGACGAUCGCACAUCCGAUUCGCACAAAGCGCCCAUCACCGGAUGCUUGGUUAUGCAAAGAUGAGUAUGCUUCGAUGUCAAGGUAA